CGCAUCCCGCAUUCCACCCAUUCUUGCCCCUUAUCUAUUAUUUCCAUGUACAUAUCUUGGACGACGCUCCGGUUGAACAGCCAAUUCUAGUACUCUACUUGUCACCCAUCCUGCACAGCUCUCUAAUUGAACCCCAAAGAGUACUACAUAACUGCAAUGGCGUCCUCAACCGGCCAUCCAAGCCAAGUCCCCGUGAUCGACAUAUCCGGGACCCUACCAGAACUCGAAGUCGGCCGGGCCUUAGUAGACGCCGCGGCGACAUACGGCUUCGUGUAUAUCAAGAAUGAGGGGAAGGACAUCCCCGUCGAGGCAAUCGACCGCAUGUUCGAGCUCUCCAAGCAGUUCUUCUCCUCGCCCGUUGAGGAGAAGGAGAAGUGCAGGAUUACGGAGACGAAUCGCGGCUGGGGAGGCAUGCAGACGGAGACGUUAGACGUCAAGAACCAAAGGGUUGGCGAUUUCAAGGAAGCCAUGAAUAUAGGAGGCUUCGUGGAUGGGAAAGCCCAGCAGCCGCUGCCUGCUUCCCUCGUCGAUCACGAAGCCGAGAUCGACCAGUUCCAGAAGUAUUGCCAUGAGCUAGUCCUGAAAGUCCUAACACUCUUCGGCCUGGGUCUCGAGAUCGACCCUCUUGCCGGCGGUUCUUCCUGGUUCGCGACACGGCACCGCGAUGGCGCCAACCCCAGCAUCCUCCGCCUUCUCUACUACCCGCACCUCAGCCGCAGCGACUACCAACCGGGGAUCGACAUCCGCGCCGGCGCCCACUCAGACUACGGCUCCCUAACGCUCCUUUUCCAACGGCCCGGGCAACCGGGUCUCGAGAUCCGGCCGCCAGGUUCCGACGGCUGGACGCCCAUCCCCGUGCAGCCACCCACGACAGAGCACGAUCCCAGCCCGCCGAUCCUAGUCAACACGGGAGAUCUCCUGGCGUCGUGGACAGACAAUUUGCUGCGGAGCACGGUGCAUCGCGUGGUGUUCCCCGUUGAGGACGUCGCGGAUCGGUAUAGUAUUGCAUAUUUUGCGCAUCCGGUGGGCACGACCGUGUUGGAGGCGGUGCCGAGUGCGAAGGUGAGGGAGAAGGCGAAGGAGAAGGAGGCCGAGGGGGAGAGUGUGCAGGAGAGGGAGGCGAGGAGGGCCAUGACGGCGGAUGAGUAUCUGUUUAGUCGGUUGAAGGCGACGUAUCUGGGGCUGUAUGGGAAUGGGAAGACGGAGGGGAAGGCCGUGACGGCUUAAGUUUAGAUUGUACCUGCUACUAUCGACUUAUAAAUCAUCUUUGAUACAUGCCCUGAAGCCUUCUCCCAUCUCUAUCCCUUUUGUGCUUCUUCUUCAUCUUCUUAGCAGUGUUAGAUCCUACCAAGUUCAGCAUAUAUUAGAAGGGGCUCAGGGGAGAGGACCCCC